ACCCCUCUUCUCAAAAAGCCUUAUCAACUCUUUCACCCUCUUCAAAUAUCUCUCUUCUUCUUCUUCUUCCUCUUCCAUACACAAAUCUUCUCAAUCACCAAUAACAGACAAACAAAGAAAAAUGCAAUACUCGUACAUGAGAAACUGUAGCAAUAACAGAGCAGCCACAUUCUCACCGCCGGUGGUGACCAUUCCCAUAGUGGACCUUUCAAAACCCGAUGCACAGGCCCUCAUAGUGAAGGCCUGUGAAGACUUCGGGUUUUUCAAAGUCAUAAACCACGGCAUCCCGAUGGACGCCAUUUCCCUCCUCGAAGAGGAGGCUACCAAAUUCUUCUCCUUGCCGCUGAGCGACAAGGAGAAGGUCGGCCUUGCCAACCCCUUCGGGUACGGCAACAAGCGCCUCGGUUACAACGGCGACGUCGGUUGGAUCGAGUACCUUCUCCUUAAAACCAAUUCACAACACUCCAACACUCUCACACUACCUUCUGAUCAAAACUCAGAGCAAUUCAGGUGUGCUUUGAACGAGUACAUGCAAGCGAUGAGGAAGAUGGCGUGCGAGGUUCUUGAGUUAAUGGCGGAAGGGCUGAAGAUUGAGGAACGAAACGUGCUGAGCAAGCUUGUGAUGGAUGAGCAGAGUGACUCUGCUUUCAGGGUGAACCACUACCCUGCUUCCAAUGGCGGAGGUGGUGGUGAUGAGAGCAAGAACAAGAACAAGAACAACACCACUAACAUGGUUGGUUUUGGAGAGCACACUGACCCACAAAUAAUUUCUCUUCUGAGAUCCAAUAACACCUCUGGCCUUCAGAUUGAUGUUGGUGAUGGAAACUGGAUUCCUGUUCCUCCUGAUCACAGUUCCUUCUUUGUCAAUGUUGGUGAUUCACUUCAGGUUAUGACGAAUGGACGGUUCAAGAGUGUGCGGCACAGAGUGAUAGUGGACAACGGUUACAAAUCAAGGCUAUCAAUGAUUUACUUUGUUGGUCCACCAUUGAGUGAGAAGAUUGCACCAUUGCCUUCCCUCAUGCUUGGAAAGGAAAGCUUAUACAAAGAGUUCACUUGGUUUGAAUACAAGAACGCUGCCUACUCUACAAGAUUGGCUACCAAUAGGCUCAUACCCUAUGAGAAGAUUGCUGCCUCUUAAUUAUUCAACUUGAGGGCCACCAUCACUCCACUACUUGUCAAUAUAUAUAAUAUAAAGAUAAUUAAGGAGAGGGUAUAUAUAUAUAAGUGUUAAUGUAUAUGAUAAGUUUGUUUUUUUCUUUUCUUUUGGUGCUUUUUCGUGGUGUUAUCUGCCAAUCAUAAAUGAGUCAUAGCUUAUAAGUUAGGAUAAGAUAGGAAUAAUAAUAAUAAUGAUAUGAAUAUGGUAUAGUAUAGUAUAUAUUCCCUUUCCUUUUGCUUCGAUAUUUAUGUAAGUUCUGCUUGCUAAGUAAAUGACACAUAUAUAUGAUAUGAUAAUAAUGGAGGUAUGUCUGAUUCCACGUACAAUAA